AUGUCUCUCAACCUGGAUUGUGCUAUUAUAGUGCCUGACCAUUCGGUGGUAUGCAGCCAGUUUGCAUUGAGCAAAUGGCUGCCUCAGUAUGAAACUAGGCCUGAUCCAGAGGCCAUUGAAACCAAUGGUAAGACUUUGAUUGAGUUCAAAGUGGAACAAAAAGUUUUUCUUUGUCCUGGACUACUAAAAGGAGUAUACCAGAGUGAACAUUUAUUUGAGUCAGACCACCAGUCUGGGGCGUGGUGUAAGGAUCCUCUUCAGGCUUCUGACAAGAUCUACUACAUGCCUUGGACCCCAUACAGAACUGACACCCUGACAGAAUACUCUUCCAAGGAUGAUUUCAUUGCUGGGAGACCCACUACGACAUACAAGCUCCCUCACCGGGUGGACGGCACAGGAUUUGUGGUAUAUGAUGGGGCUUUGUUCUUCAACAAGGAGCGAACCAGGAACAUAGUCAAAUUUGACUUACGGACAAGGAUAAAGAGUGGAGAAGCUAUCAUAGCAAAUGCUAAUUACCAUGACACUUCCCCCUAUCGAUGGGGGGGCAAGUCUGAUAUAGACCUGGCUGUGGAUGAGAAUGGCCUGUGGGUAAUCUAUGCAACAGAACAAAACAAUGGCAAAAUUGUCAUUAGCCAGUUAAACCCUUACACAUUAAGGAUUGAAGGGACAUGGGAUACGGCGUAUGACAAACGGUCAGCUUCCAAUGCUUUCAUGAUUUGUGGGAUUCUAUACGUGGUGAAGUCUGUGUAUGAGGACGAUGACAACGAAGCUACAGGGAAUAAAAUAGACUACAUUUACAACACUGACCAAAGCAAGGAUAGUAUGGUGGAUGUUCCCUUUCCAAACUCAUAUCAGUACAUUGCCGCUGUGGAUUAUAAUCCCAGGGACAACCUCCUUUAUGUAUGGAACAACUAUCAUGUGGUGAAGUAUUCUUUGGAUUUUGGACCCCUGGACAGCAGAGCAGGGCAGGCUCAUCAUGGGCAAGUUUCCUAUAUUGCUCCACCAAUUCAUCUUGAUUCAGAUCUGGAGAGGCCGCCUUCUAAGGAAGUAUCGCCAUCAGGAGCGCUGGGCACUGGAAGUACCACAAGCAGCACCACACCGCGGGUCACCAGCAGCAGCACUGGGCGCACCACCACCACGUCAGCCACAGGCAGGCGGAACCGCAGCACCAGCACCCCAUCCCCGGCUGUAGACAUCCCUGAAGAGAUGACCACGCAUCUCCCGCCUGCUUCCUCCCAGCUCCCUGCUGUAGGGGCAGAGAGCUGCGAGGCUGUGGAAGCCCGCGAGAUCAUGUGGUCUAAGACCCGGCAAGGACAGGUGGCAAAGCAACCAUGCCCUAUGGGGACAGUAGGUGUUUCAACUUUCUUGUGUCUUGCUCCUGACGGGAUCUGGGACCCCCAAGGGCCGGACCUCAGCAACUGCUCUUCUCCCUGGAUCAACCACAUAACUCAAAAGCUGAAGUCAGGGGAAACAGCUGCCAACAUUGCCAGAGAGCUUGCAGAGCAAACGAAAAACCAUUUGAAUGCUGGUGACAUCACGUAUUCAGUGCGCGCCAUGGACCAGCUGGUGGGCUUACUUGAUGUGCAGCUCCGAAACCUGACACCAGGCGGGAAAGAUAGUGCUGCACGUAGCUUAAACAAGCUUCAGAAAAGGGAGCGCUCUUGCAGGGCCUAUGUCCAGGCCAUGGUUGAGACGGUUAACAAUCUCCUACAGCCACAGGCUCUGAAUGCCUGGAGGGACUUGACUGCAAGCGACCAGCUGCGUGCGGCAACCAUGUUACUUGACACAGUGGAGGAAAGUGCCUUUGUGCUGGCUGAUAACCUCCUGAAGACAGACAUCGUCAGGGAGAACACUGACAAUAUCCAAUUGGAAGUUGCAAGACUAAGCACAGAUGGAAAUUUGGAAGAUUUGAAAUUUCCACAGAACAUGGGUUAUGGGAGCUCAAUCCAGCUAUCAGCAAAUACAUUGAAACAAAAUGGUCGAAAUGGUGAAAUCAGGGUGGCUUUUGUGCUGUAUAACAACCUGGGUCCGUAUCUCUCCACGGAGAAUGCCAGCAUGAAGUUAGGAACAGAGGCCAUGUCAACCAAUCACUCUGUCAUAGUUAACUCCCCUGUCAUUACGGCAGCAAUAAACAAAGAGUUCAGCACUAAAGUUUAUCUAGCGGAUCCUGUGGUGUUUGCUGUCAAGCACAUCAAGCAGUCAGAAGAAAAUUUCAACCCUAACUGUUCAUUCUGGAGCUAUUCAAAGCGCACAAUGACAGGUUAUUGGUCGACGCAAGGAUGUCGGCUCCUGACAACAAAUAAGACACACACUACAUGUUCCUGUAAUCAUCUAACCAACUUUGCUGUCCUGAUGGCACAUGUGGAAGUUAAGCACAGUGAUGCAGUCCACGACCUUCUCUUGGACGUGAUCACGUGGGUUGGCAUUCUGCUGUCACUCGUCUGCCUCCUGAUUUGCAUCUUUACUUUCUGCUUUUUCCGUGGACUCCAGAGCGACAGGAACACUAUUCACAAGAACUUGUGCAUCAGCCUCUUUGUGGCAGAGCUACUUUUCCUCAUUGGUAUCAACCGGACAGAUCAGCCAAUUGCCUGUGCUGUGUUUGCUGCCCUCCUGCACUUCUUCUUCCUGGCGGCAUUCACCUGGAUGUUCUUGGAGGGCGUGCAGCUGUACAUCAUGCUGGUAGAGGUGUUUGAGAGUGAACAUUCACGGAGAAAGUAUUUCUACCUGGUUGGCUACGGGAUGCCUGCAUUGAUAGUGGCGGUGUCAGCAGCAGUCGACUACAGGAGCUACGGCACAGAUAAAGUAUGUUGGCUCCGACUUGACACCUACUUCAUUUGGAGCUUUAUAGGACCGGCGACCUUGAUAAUUAUGCUUAAUGUAAUCUUCCUUGGGAUUGCUCUCUAUAAAAUGUUUCAUCAUACUGCCAUACUGAAACCUGAAUCCGGCUGUCUUGACAAUAUCAAGUCAUGGGUUAUAGGUGCAAUAGCUCUGCUCUGCCUAUUAGGACUGACCUGGGCCUUUGGACUUAUGUAUAUUAAUGAAAGCACAGUCAUCAUGGCGUAUCUCUUCACUAUUUUCAAUUCUCUGCAGGGAAUGUUUAUAUUCAUUUUCCAUUGUGUCCUCCAGAAGAAGGUACGUAAAGAGUAUGGAAAAUGCCUGCGCACACAUUGCUGUAGUGGGAAAAGCACAGAGAGUUCCAUAGGCUCAGGAAAAACCUCUGGGUCACGGACACCUGGACGAUAUUCCACAGGCUCACAGAGCCGUAUUCGUCGGAUGUGGAAUGACACAGUUCGAAAGCAGUCUGAGUCUUCCUUUAUUACUGGAGAUAUAAACAGUUCAGCUUCACUCAACAGAGAGGGGCUUCUGAACAAUGCCAGGGAUACAAGUGUCAUGGAUACUCUACCACUGAAUGGUAACCACGGCAACAGCUACAGCAUUGCCAGCGGCGAGUACCUGAGCAACUGUGUGCAACUCAUUGACCGUGGAUAUAACCACAACGAGACUGCCCUAGAGAAAAAGAUCCUGAAGGAACUCACCUCCAACUACAUCCCUUCCUACCUGAACAACCAUGAGCGCUCCAGUGAACAGAACAGGAACCUGAUGAACAAACUCGUCAACAACAUUGGCAGUGGGAGCGAGGAUGACGCCAUCGUCCUCGAUGAUGCCACCUCCUUCAACCAUGAGGAGAGCCUGGGCCUGGAACUCAUCCAUGAGGAGUCGGACGCCCCCUUGCUGCCGCCAAGAGUUUAUUCCGCAGAGAACCACCAGCCUCACCACUACACCAGGAGACGGAUCCCCCAAGACAACAGUGAGAGCUUUUUCCCAUUGCUAACAAACGAGCACACAGAAGACCUCCAGUCACCCAACAGGGAUUCUCUUUACACCAGUAUGCCUGCACUGGCUGGCAUGCCUGCCACAGAGAGCGUUACCACCAGCACCCAGACCGAUCCCCCCCCAGCCAAAAGUGGUGAUGCCGACGAUGUUUACUACAAAAGCAUGCCAAAUCUAGGCUCCAGAAACCACGUCCAUCAGCUGCACACUUACUAUCAGCUAGGUCGAGGCAGCAGUGAUGGUUUUAUAGUCCCACCAAACAAAGAUGGGACUCCUCCUGAAGGAAGUUCUAAAGGACCCACUCACUUGGUCACUAGUCUAUAGAAGAUUAAGGAAAAAUUAAACAAACGCCCCUCCGUAACACCUGGUUUACUGUUCUGAGUUAAUACAAGCAGUGGUAAUAUUGUGUGUACUCCUAAAUCUUCAUGCUGUUCUAAAAAGCAAACAAACUCAGACUUUUUUUACUGGAAUUUUUAGGCCAGCCCAGAGAGAGAACAAGAACCGCUGAAGUUCCCACCCACUCUUCUCUCCUUCCUCAGACAGACUUCAUUAUGUUAAUGAAAGAGAUAUGACAGAUAAUGGCACACUUUGUGGCCUUCUCAAGUUAUGAUGUGUUUGUUUAAACAUCCUUGAUGCUAAGUUGCUAUUAUUACCAUGGACCUGAUUUUAAAAGAAAGAAAGGCCAAAUCAUGCAUUUGCAACUAGUAGCGAUGAUGCAUCUAGGUGGGAGUGCUGCACAAAACAAAAAGCAAACAACAAAAUAGCAAAACUGUUUAUUAUGAGUCUGUAUCACAUCAUGGUUUUCGGUCACUCACUACUCGGUUUAACUGCAGCUCACUUAGCUGUGGGAGCAAACAAAAGAUCUAAUGAAAUGGAAGGGAAUUCUAGAAUUGUAUGCUAAAGGCAUAUUUUAUGUUUUGCUGUAUUAACUGAUGAUAAAAACUAAUGGCAGAAAAAAAUGGAACAAUUUCUAUGUAAUGUACAGAUACUAGCAUUGCACAUAUAGUCUGCUUUCUGUUCCUCCAGAACUGGCGUCCCUGUUCAUGUAGUGGGAAAAAAAAAAAGAUUUUUUUCUGUUGUGCUGGUCUUGCAAGUUUGUCUACCAGUAGGAGCAAGGUUUUUUCAUAAGUCCUUUUUUUGCCAUUAUUUUUUUCCUUUAAAAAAAGAAAUCACUGGGCAAAAACAAAGGUCACUUUCUAAGGAUCAUUUUUAGUAAUGCGAUCGCAAGUUCUUUUGAACCAAUGGAUUUUUUUUCUCUCACUGUAUAUCUUUCUUCGAUUGGUGUAUUGCCAACAGAACUCUCUGUGAUUAGAGCAGGACAAACUUUAUGUUUACAGUGCACAACUGAAUAAUAAUAAUAAAAUAAUAAUACUAUGAAACAUUUGGCAAGCAGUCCCUCAGCCAGGCAGUAGGUAUGGUUCUAGAAGCCAGGAGAUCUUUUAUAGGCAUAGUGGGGCUUCUGCACGUGAAAGGAUAUAUCCCUGUAGGAGUUAAGAGUCUUCACAGCUCAGUCUGGUCCCCAAUCUAGGCAUUUGUACUGCAGUGGUUAAAAGGAGAAUUGACUCAUAGCAAGAAUUUAAAAGCAAACUAUUUUGAAGUGAUAAAAAAUAAAAGAAAAUUUUCUGUUCCAUUAUUUUCCUAACAGGAAAUGUAUUUAUUUGACAGGAUUUUAAGUAAUGUAGGCUUUCCAGAAGUAAAUUAGCAGCACAGAUUAUAAUUUUUUUUUAAUUUAUGAUCCAUUUUGUAUGGUCUCAAAGUUGAAUGACCUCAUUACUAAUAUUUGUUGUAAAAGUGAAACUUGUUUGCCAACCAAUAAACAACUGAUUAAGA